CGCUCUGGAUUGAUUUAGGUGAUUUAAAUAUUAUACAAAAAUACUAUAAAUAUUGAAUAUGUUUAAUACUAGUAGAGACUUUAGCAUAUUCCACAUCAACAAAUCUUUGAAUGAUAAGAUAGAGUGCAGAGAUUAGAGAUAGAGUUUGCCGUGUUUGGUAAUAAGUAUAAGUUUGGAUACAUAAGCUUAAAGUGAUAUGGAAUGUGUCAAUAUUGUAAAUAUUUUGAUCGUAUCAAUGAAUAUGCAAUGCAGAUAUUAGCUCUAAAUUCAAUUAUCGUAAUACAAACCAUUUUCAAUAGCUAUGAAAUUAUUUCCAAUAACAACAAAACGCACUGGAGUCCGCAGCCUUAUCAAAAUAUUAUUCCUACUUGCCAUUAGCUUAAUGAACCCUCAAGAUAAGUGGACAUAUGUAGACCGACCUUGACCAAGCAGUCAGUCAUACAUACACAGACUCAUACACAUAUAAAUGUAUGUAUGUAUAUGUAUGUGUGUGUAUGACUGUGCAUGGGCUUAUAAAUAUUGCCAGGCACUGCAACAUUACAACAUUCCGCAAAUUCCCUCGCUUAGUCAUGUUCGGUCGGCGUCGCCAGCUGAGCGCCUCCUCGCUCUCCGCGAGCAUCUUGCAUGUAGGUUUUCGUUAUGCCACAUUUCUGGGAAUCAUCUGUUUUGGCAUCGAGGGCAAUCGCACCGAUGGCUGCCUGGUCGCCCAGAACCGCUUCUGGUAUAAGCGGUUCUGUCUGCUAACACGUUUGCUAAUAUGCGUCAUUUAUGGCUAUCUGAGUCUGGAUUACAUCUUCAUUCUGGAUAACUCCCAUUUGAUUAUACUGUCCUGGAUUCGGUUGGUGUGCUGCCUGAUCUGUGCCUUUGUCACUCUGACAUUGCAAUUCUGGUUUGGGCAACAUGUGCUCCGAGUGGUCAACAGUUAUUUGAGGCUAUUUCGCAAGGUCAACGCGCUGCCCGGCAGCCAGGCGAGCGGCUUUGGCGGUAGGCGGGAGUUGAGUUUGUUGAUCUUCAAGAUGAUUUGCCUCAUGAACGAAGUGUUCUGCGAAAUUCCGGAAUUGUUCAACGGCUUAAAUAUGCGACUCUUUGUAACCAUACUGUGUGAACUAUACGUUAACACCAAUGCCACCAUGAUCGGUCACCUCUGCUUUGUGGGCUACCUCAGCGUGGGCGCCCUCUACGCCCGGGUCAAUCAUUACGUGCGGCACGAGCUGCGACGCCAGCUGCAAGGACUGGAGCAGCUCAAUGGCAGUGAAGUGAGUCGACGACAGCUAAGGGCCGCUGGCUGCCGACUGGACCAGUGUCUGGCCAUCUACGAUGAUAUCCAGCGGGUGGGCAGCGCGUUUCAUCGGCUGAUGGAGCUACCGCUAUGCCUCAUACUGCUCUUCGCCUUCUUGAGCAUGACAUUGGUGUCCUACUUCAUCAUGCUGCAGCGAUUUCGUAAUGUGGGGCUCUGGUUGCUAGUGGCUCGAUUGUUCUUCGAUGUGGUGCUGCUGACACUGGCCAUUCAUGGUGCCAGCAGCAGUUCCCGCGUGGUGCGCCGACUAAGCUUCGAUAAUUGCUACGUAACGGAACGCAACGAUUGGCACAUGAAGCUGGAGAUGUUUUUGGGUCGGUUGAAUUUUUUCGAGUUCCGAGUGCGUCCACUGGGACUAUUUGAGAUCUCCAACGAGCUGAUAUUGGUCUUUUUGUCUGGACUCGUAACAUAUCUAACAUACAUAAUACAAUAUGGCAUGCAAUCGAAUAAGAUUUGA